UCUGGAUGCAUUUCCUCCUCAUAUCUGUCCCUUCAAAUCCUCUUACUUCAAGGUUCAUCUUAGGGGCCAACUUCAUCCUGAUCUUCCCAUCAGAGUGCAAUUUCUCUUCCUUUUCAAAGUUCCUAGUGCCCUUUGUUAAGAUCUGUCUUUUGCCUGUUUCAUUCUACCUUGUACCACCUUUGUGUCCCUACUGUAUUCCCUUUUUAGACUGUAAGUUCCUUUGAGGGCAGGGAUUCUGUCAUUUUUAAAAUCUUUGUAUGCCCGAAAGCUGAGCCUGUGCUUUGUAUUGGUAGGUGCUUAACAUAGGUUUGUUGAAUUGAUGUGACACUAGUGACACGAACAGAGUACCUGUAAUAGUCCACUAUAUAAAAAUGACAGCAGUUGGGGGAAUCAAGAUCAAAUAAGUCUAUUCUUUAGGCAGACUAAUAGGCAGGGCUGUUUAAAAUCAGCAUGUGAUAGCCAGAGAAAAGAUGGUCAGGCAUAAUAAAAUGCAUAAGGAAAAACAAAUGAUUGAUUUAGUUAUGAGCAGGAAGGAUAGGGCAAGCCACAAAACAGAGAGAAAUCUGGAAACGGAUGUUAAGCAUUUUGGAUAAGGUUCAUGUCUGCAUUAUCCGGAGCUAUUUAUUUAAGAGGACAAAGUGGAUUCCUUGGUUUGGAAGUUAAAAGGCUUUUUUAGAGCCAAAGAACAAGGGAGGGGAGAGGAGCGAAGGAAUUUCCUUGGCUUGUUCCCUUUACACAUAAAUCAUUACCUCUCCAGAAACACCAACCAGAUUUCAAACCGCAUCCCUCAGUCACCCUCCACCCAUUUGGUCUCUCCCUUGCUCCGCCUUUCUGGGCACCCCAUCCCGCAGUGCCCCCUGCGCUGUCCGCGCGACCCGGCAGGGGGAGGCAGAGGAACACAUAGAAAGAGCAUCAGCCCGGGCAAAAGCCUCCUCAGUGAUGAAGUGCGGUGCUGGGGUGUGAAAGACGCACGGACGGCACAGGCGGGCGCUGGUCACUGCUCCUGUGAGGGUGUAGCGGGGAGGGAGAGAGCUGGGAGCUGGGUUGCAUCACAGCCAGCAUUUGUGGGGACUGCCCCAGGACCGGUAACUCGCUUGCCUUCGCGGAGUCCUCUUCCUGCCCUCCCGUCUGGGGUCUGGCAGAAGCAGUGAGCCAUUCUGCAAGGCUGGUAAUAACGUACACUCCGGGCUCCAUGGCUCUCACGGGGCGCGCAUCCCGGCUCCCCGGGCUCCCGCUGCUCUUCCUGGCCGCGCUCGUCUACUUAGCCUCCGCGGAGGCACCAGUUGAUCACCCUCUGAAGCCAAAGAAUGUGAGACUGCAGUCCACUAAGAGGGGCCUGAAAGUCACGUGGGAACCACCCAAAGAGGCAACCACUAGACCUGUGGAGUAUUACAACAUUGCCUAUGGGAAGUCACUGAAAAAUCUUAGCUACAUCAAGGUGAAUGGUGAUACGCACUCCUUCCUUAUUGAGGAUGUGGAGCCUGGGGUAGUGUACUUUGUGCUGGUUACUUCAGAGAACCACAGCGGAGUGAGUCGCCCAGUGUACAGAGCUGAAAGCCUGCUUGGAGGUGAAUGGAUCAAGAUUGAUGGUUUUGCCAUUAAGGGUCCAGAACCACUUAAUGAGACCGUGACAGAAAAGGAAGUGCCAAACAAACCUUUGCGUGUUCGAGUCCGGUCUUCAGAUGAGAAGCUCUCUGUUCAGUGGAAAGCACCACGUGCAUCGGGCGUGAAGAGUCCACGGAGGUCCCAGGGUUUUCUACUGGGCUAUGGAGAAAGUGGCAGGAAGAUGAAUUAUGUUCCUCUGACAAGGGAUGAACGAGCACAUGAAAUUAAAAAACUAGCCUCUGAGUCGGUGUAUGUGGUCUCCUUGCAGUCUGUGAACUCCCAGGGGCAGAGCCAGCCCGUGUAUAGGGCUGCUUUGACCAAGCGAAAAACUGAAGAGGAGGAUGAGCUAGAAGAGCCUGAAGACAUAAAUGUUCGAGUUAUGUCAUCUCAGUCAGUCCUUGUUGCCUGGGUGGAUCCCAUUUUGGAAAAACAGAAAAGGACAGUUGCAUCCAGGCAGUAUACCGUGCGCUAUCGAGAGAAAGGAGAAUCGGCAAGGUGGGAUUAUAAGCAGGUUGCUGGAAGAAGGACUCUGAUUGAGAAUUUGAUUCCAGACACCAUGUACGAAUUUGCAGUCCGUAUUUCACAAGGUGAAAGAGAUGGCAAAUGGAGUACUUCAGUCUUUCAAAGAACACCAGAAUCUGCUCCUACCACAGCACCUGAAAACUUGGAUGUCCGCCCUGUAAAAGGCAAACAAACUGCUGUCACUGCUUCUUGGGAUGCCCUUCCAGAGACAGAGGGGAGAGUCAAAGAAUACAUUCUUUCAUACGCCCCGGCUCUCAAACCAUUUGGAGCAAAGUCCCUCACCUAUCCUGGAAAGACUACUUCUGCCAUAGUGGAUGGUCUGCAGCCUGGGGAACGCUAUCUUUUCAAAAUCCGGGCCGCAAACAGGAGAGGACAGGGUCCUCAGUCUAAAGCCUUCAUUGUCGCUAUGCCAACAACUGUCACCAGUGAUCCAAAUGCUCAUCAGAGAAUGAAUAUGGAAGACAAAUUGGAUCCUAAAAAGCCUGAGCCUUCACAAAAAGUCCCUCCCUCUAAACACAUUCAUUCACCUCUUUCUCCCAAGGGGAGAGAUGCAAAAACCCCACUUCCUGAUUUAAAGAAUAAAUUUUUGACUAAUAGUGAGGUCCUUAGUAAAUCCCAGCUACCCCCUAAAAAGAGAACAGAAUUAGGCUCUGAUCUCCAGUCAACAGAAGUCACUGAUGAUGACUUAGAUUCCCAUUCAGAGUCACCAGCAUCACAGUCUAAGAUCCAAGACACCAAGAGAAAUGUUAGACCACCAUUACCAAGUAGGUCCUUUCAUUCUGUCUUAGGGCCUGGAAGGACCCCAGUGAGAGCCCGCAUUCCCACAUUACCCCAGAAGACAAACAUAGAUUCACAUGAUUCUUCAUCUUCCUCUCAGGAUUCACAGUCUGCUUCCACAUCUCCAUCAUCAUCAUCUUUCCAUGAUGAUGAAACCAGGCAUUUGAGAAUGCGUAACUCUCAUCCUUCUUCCAGAGUCACUUCUGUUAACCCAUCUCAUGAAAACACUAGUAAUGACCCAGUUGAUGAUGAUGAUGAUGAUGACAAGAAAGAAAGACAUAUUAAAGACCCUCUGCACUCAAAAUAUCCUUCAUCUGGGAAGCCAGUUUCUAAAACUACAGAACGUUCUCGAUUGACUGUACCAUCAAAUCGACAGCCUGUCCUACACCAGGAGAAGAGUCCUACACAUGGUGAAGGAAAAUCACAUUUGCCUGCUCAUACAAAUGCUCCAUCAGAGAACUGGGAGGAAAAAUCGAGUUUUCUAAUCCCAGCAACAAGAACUUCUUCCCCUGGGGGAGCUCCAAGGGCACUGCCAACCAGAUUUGGAUCUCAUCCUCGUGUGCUAAAAAAUGAUCAGGAGGCAAGAGCUGUCAACUCUGCCAUGCCAUCACAGUCCACAGUUUCUUCUCCAGCCCGUCAUAGGGCCACCCACUCACACCUCCCCUCAAUGAGGCAGACACCAGAUGAAAGGAAUGGCUCAGAUGAUGAUGGCAAUGAAGACUAUGAUGCAGAAGAUAAAAAGAGGCAAACGGAUUCUACCUCUCCUACUUUUCGCUCCAGGUUGGCAACAGGUCAGCCUAUCUCUGGGAACUUAAAUUUUCCCAGACGUAGGCCAUUUUCUUCCAGCAGUCGAUAUCCUAACAGGGUUAGCAGUAGCCAAGGUCCCCGGUCACAGCCUUCUAGCUCCCCUCAGUCCACAACAUCAUCUAGGGUUCAUUCUCAUCGUAUUUCUGAUCCUAGAGUUGGUUCAAAUAUUGAUAGAGAUGAAGAGGAAAAGGAAGAAGAUGAUGAAGAAAAACCACUUCCCUCUACUGUUGUAAAUGAUUAUCUACCUUCUUCAAGGCAGCCUUCUUCACAGAGUUCAGAUCACAUAAGAAGAAUCCCCCAGAGAGUGUCAAGUGUUCACCGAAAAGCGCCUGUCAUGGAAAAUGCAAAGUCUCCAUUGACUUCUCAGUCAUCUUCUUCUGAAGCACAUUCUCAGGGCAAUUCACCAUCCUUUCCCAAUAAACUACAUACACAAGAUGCUCAUCGAAACACAGGAACAGUGGGGAUUCCUGCCAGAGUAAGGCCUUUUAUGAGAUCUCAGCACCAAUCAGGGUCUAGUGCACCCACAAAGGUAAUGAAAGUCCAGGACUCGAGGUCUGCAGCACUUUCUUCAGAAAGGCAUCCAUCUUCACAUCUUUCUACUUCUAAACAUCAGCUUCAUGACCAUCAGGGUAAGGAAGUAGAAAAUCCAUUGUCCAAAUCAAAACAAUGGCACUCUAUACCAGGAAAUUCUUAUUCCUCAUCGCAAGAUGUCCAUUCCAACUCUCGCCCUUUCUUUAAAACAAGAUCUGGUCAGUCCACCCUUUCUGCCAACUCUAGAGGGCAGCUCCCAUCUCAAGCCUCCCGACAGAGUCAUCAGGAAUCAGGAAGUAGAUAUGAUGAUAGCCAGAAUUACAGCACAGAACUGGAGGACCAAGAUGUCAGGAUACAUACACAUUCUACCCAUCACAAAGAUGGAUUAUCUCCUACCUCAUCCCUUUCCAAACAGGAGCAAAUAGGGGCACAGUCUAGAGAUGCUGAUGAAAAGUCCCAAAGCAGACAUACCUCUUCCCCUUCUUCUAGAGACUCAGGUUCAUCUUUGCCAGCUGGCAGGUCCAGUAGCUCCAGAGAAACCUAUACAAAACCCACCUUACCUUUUGUUCAUUCCCGUGCUCGAGCUCCUAGCAGAACAACGUCCCAGGUGGAGAAAAAAGAUAGUCUCUACCAAUCCACACCAUCAAAAAUAGAGCCUCCUUCUAAGAGUCCUCUGUCAUCUUCCCUGAAGUCUCACCAGUCAGUCUCAAAUGAUGAUGAUGAAGAUGAUGAUGAUAAUAGAGAAUAUACAAGAAGAAACAAAGAGGAAGAUUCUAUUUCUUCUUCAGUUUCAAAGUGGCCUCCUUCCUCCAGCGGUAAAUACAUAAAUAGAAAUGUUGGCAAGGAUAAGGAGAAGUCUGUAAGUUCUCUUUUUCCUCCUAGAGUAAGAUCUAACGAAGAAGAGAACUCUACUCCCUUAAAACGUCCUAUUCUUCCACCAUUGGGCAGUACUCCAAGAACCUCACAAAUCCCUAAUGCCCCUUCUAAAUUUCUUCCACGUUCCCAUGAUACCCAGAGUCCCAUCAGCAGUACCCCCUUGCAUACUACCACCCAUGCCCCACUUACUUAUUCUUCCACCACACCCAUGCUUUCACUACGUCAACGAAUGCUAAACUCAAGAUUACGCAACUCACCUUCAAGAUACCCUGCAAGACCUUCUUAUAGACCAGGUAAUAAUGGCAGACCAAAUAUAGAUGGGAAAGUACUUCCGGGUAGUAAUGGACAACUAAGUGGACAGAGAAUUAUCAAUGGCCCUCAAGGAACAAAGUGGAUUGUGGAUCUUGAUCGGGGGCUGGUAUUAAAUUCAGAAGGAAGGCACCUUCAGGACUCUCAUGGAAAUCCUCUUCGGGUUAAACUAGGAGGUGAUGGUCGGACAAUUGUGGAUAUGGGAGGAACUCCAGUGGUGAGCCCUGAUGGACUCCCCUUAUUUGGUCAGGGACGACACGGCAAGCCUUUGGCUAGUGCCCAGGAUAAGCCUGUGUUAAGCCUUGGAGGGAAGCCAUUGAUGGGUUUGGAGGUUAUCAAAACAACCAAAACACCCACAACUACAACAACUCAUCCCACUACAACUAAGGCAACUACAACUACCACCACCACCACCACCACCACCACCACAACCACUACCACCACCACUCCUGCCACCACCCCUGAGCCAACCACUCCUGAGCCAACCAUUCCAGUCCCAACCUGUCCCCCAGGCACCCUUGAACAGCGCGAUGAUUAUGGUAACUUACUAAUGGGAGCAGAUGGCAUGCCUGAAUGCUCCCCCGAGGAAGAUAAUUUCUCUGGGUUGGAGACAGAUACAGCAAUACCCACGGAAGAAGCUUAUGUUGUGUAUGAUGAAGAUUAUGAAUUUGAAACCACAUUGCCUCCAACCACUACCAAGUCCUCAACUACUACAAUAGCUGUACCAAAAGUCAUCUCACCAGAGGGGUCAAUCAGUUCUUUUCCAGAGGAAGAAUUUGAUCUGGCUGGAAAGAAACGAUUUGUUGCUCCUUAUGUGACCUAUCUAAAUAAAGACCCACUGGCUCCAUGUUCUUUGACGGAAGCUCUGGACCACUUCCAAGUGGACAGUUUGGAUGAAAUCAUUCCCAGUGACCUGACGAAGAGUGACUCACCUCCUCAGCAUGCUCCCCGAAACAUCACCGUGGUGGCUGUGGAAGGGUGCCACUCCUUCGUUAUUGUUGACUGGGACAAAUCCACUCAGGGGGAUGUGGUUACAGGUUACUUGGUUUAUAGUGCAUCUUAUGAAGAUUUCAUCAGGAACAAGUGGUCCGCCCAGAGUUCAGGGGUUACUCAUUUACCUAUUGAGAACCUCAAACCAAAUACAAGAUAUUAUUUUAAAGUACAAGCAAAAAAUCCCUAUGGUUAUGGACCUAUCAGUCCUUCAGUCUCUUUUGUUACAGAAUCAGACAAUCCGCUGCUUGUUGUAAGACCUCCAGGUGGGGAGCCCAUCUGGAUUCCGUUUGCUUUCAAACGUGAUCCUAGCUACACAGAUUGCCAUGGGAGACAAUACGUGAAGCGAACAUGGUACAGAAAAUUUGUGGGAGUUGUUCUUUGUAAUUCACUGAGGUACAAGAUUUACCUCAGUGAUAACCUGAAAGAUACCUUCUACAGCAUUGGAGAUAGUUGGGGAAGAGGUGAGGACCAUUGCCAGUUUGUAGAUUCACACCUGGAUGGAAGAACAGGUCCUCAGUCAUACGUAGAAGCCCUGCCUACUGUUCAAGGUUAUUAUCGCCAAUAUCGUCAGGAGCCUGUAGGAUUUGGCCGAAUUGGUUUUGGAACACCCUACUAUUAUGUGGGUUGGUAUGAGUGUGGUGUCUCCAUUCCAGGAAAAUGGUAACCCAAUCACCACUGCAAGUCUAGCUCACACCUCUCAGACCUGUCAAACUACUUUUACCAAGAGACGAUGAGGUCUUAGGAAGAAAAUAAAGACAGCGGUAGAGAACCUCCUAAGUUCAGGUGCUCAGAAGACCUAAAGCCCAACUCCCAUGCACUUCUCACACUUAAAUCUGGAAGUCUGCUUCAUUACUUGACCUGGGACUGAGAACCGGAUUUGCGUUUGACAUUCAAAUUCCACUUUGCUCCUCUGUUGUAUGUGUGUGUGUGUGUGUUUUAAAAAGUCAACAUAUCCACAGAGAAAUAAUAAAUAAGCAACUGAAAUGGAUUGCACUUUUCCUCAGUGAGACUUUCAAACUUUACUAAGCACAAAAUUUGGACGUUUCAUGUAUCUCAGAGGAACGACCUAAGCAUGCUGUGCUUGCUUAAUGGAAUGCUAAAUAAUUUUCCAUUGUUAUUAAUGGAAUGUUCUGUAACCGGCAGAGUUUUAAGCUUCAGAACUUUAUUUUGUUUUUGUUUUUUUUCCUAUUCAGCAAUGCCGAGCUACUAAAAACACCCACUCAAGGCAACAUAGUCUACAUAAGCCAUGCUCUGUGAGCUUGCUCCACUGCUGACUAAUGCACCAAAUCACAUUGUAAAUUCACAAGGUAUAUAUGUGUAUGUGUAUGUAUGUAUGUGUGUGUGUAUAUAUAUAUAUAUAUAUAUGCAUAUAUAUAUGCAUAUAUGUGUGUGUAUAUAUAUGUCUGCAAGAAUAUUACUUAGAAUUGCUCAUUUUUUCAUGUCUUCUAGAUAAAUGUUUUGAAUUUUUGUGCAAAAGGUGCUGUUUAUUAACAGGUUUUUUAAAAAAAUGUUUCCAUGGAUAUGUACUAUGCAUAAUAUAACAACCAUAGAAAGUACUGUUCCAUUUACAAAUACUGUUAAACAUCAGCAAUCAUCUGCACGAGUACCAUAUUCAUUAAUGUUUCAAAGAGUCAUCUUGAUUUCUGGCCCCAAACUAAAUGUCUCAGUCCAGUUUGGUUUUCUUAUUUUUUCAUUUUUGUCACUUCCCUCGAUAUUUAAUUCUUGAACCUGAGGCUUUUUGUUUCUCUGUGAUACAGCAUGAGUUCUUUUUAAAGAUACACUAACAAUUUUUAACUUAAAAAAACCCCAUAUACUUGUGAAUGUGCUCAUUCCAUCAGCCUCUGUCAUAAAGAUCCAUUUAAGGAGGACAGAUUGCAUUGUUGGCAUAAUGAAUAUUGUAUCAUUUCAGUCAUUCAACUAGUUCAAAAUCCACCUAAUUAUACUACCAUCAGAAAGAUUCCAUCAUACUGUGGACAGAGGGAAGCACUGUCCUGGAAUCCCUAAGCUUUACCUUUACAUACCACAGUGGUCUAAAUAUAAUCCAUACUUCCUCCUUUCCACAACUGGCUUGUAUAAAACCUGAGUGUAGCCUCUUAGUUAUUUUCAAUAUACACCUAUACAUUUUCCCUUCAAAGGAAUUUCACUAUAAGGGUGGAGCCAUAUAUUUGGGGGUAGCCAGUUUGGAAUCAAUAGGAUGAAUUAAUAGCAUAAUAAACCCAAGUACCUAAAUAAAAUAAUCACCAUUUUCAGCAUUAAUGAUGUGGAUUAUAGGGUCUCUGUAGAUGAAUAUAAUAAAGUGAAACCUGGCACACCUAGAAGAUUUUAGCCUUGAAAGCAAAACUUGCUGGGGGAAUUGGGGAACUCUGUAGCAUCUAUGUAUUAAAGCUUAAUAGUGACAAUGAAACCCUGAAGAGCAAUGAUAAUAAAAAUGGCUCACAUUUACACAAUG